CCGCCGCCAUGAAGAAGCAAUUCAACCGCAUGAAGCAGCUGGCCAACCAGACCGUCGGCAGAGCUGAGAAAACGGAGGUGCUUAGUGAAGACCUGCUGCAGAUUGAGAGACGUCUUGACACUGUGAGAUCUGUUUUCCACAUCGCACAGAAACGGUUAAUUGCGUGUUCUCAGGGCCAGUAUGGUACAGACCCUGAUAAGAGACAUAAAAAGCUUCCUCUAACAGCUCUUGCUCAAAAUAUGCAAGAGGGAUCUGCCCAGCUAAGUGAUGAAACACUGUUGGGGAAAAUGCUAGAUACGUGUGGUGAUGCAGAGAAUAAAUUGGCAUUGGAGCUCUCCCAGCAUGAAGUACAGAUUGAAAAGGACAUUUUAGAACCACUGAGCACGCUAACAGAGGUAGAGAUUCCCAACAUUCAGAAGCAGAGGAAGCAGCUUGCAAAGCUGGUUUUGGACUGGGAUUCUGCCAGAGGAAGAUAUAACCAAGCCCACAAGACUUCAGGAACAAAUUUUCAAAUGCAUCCUUCAAAAAUAGAUUCCCUUAAGGAAGAAAUGGAUGAAGCUGGAAAUAAAGUAGAACAAUGCAAGGAUCAACUAGCAGCAGAUAUGUAUAACUUUGUGUCCAAGGAAGGAGAAUAUGCUAAGUUUUUUGUUAUGUUAUUAGAAGCACAAGCAGAUUACCAUAGAAAAGCAUUAACAGUCAUAGAAAAGGUCCUACCCGAAAUUCAAGCCCAUCAAGACAAAUGGACUGAAAAACCAGCUUUUGGAACUCCAUUAGAAGAGCAUCUCAAGCGCAGUGGUCGUGAAAUUGCAAUCCCUAUUGAAGCCUGUGUAAUGAUGCUUCUGGAGACGGGGAUGAAAGAGGAGGGCUUAUUCAGAAUUGCUGCUGGAGCCUCCAAGUUAAAAAAGCUUAAAGCUGCCUUAGACUGUUCAACUUCACAACUUGAUGAAUUUUAUUCUGAUCCCCAUGCUGUUGCAGGUGCCUUGAAGUCCUAUUUGCGAGAAUUGCCAGAGCCUUUAAUGACCUACAGUCUUUAUGAAGAGUGGACACAAGCUGCAAAUAUUCAGGACCAGGAUAAGAAGCUACAAGAGUUAUGGAAGAUUUGUAACAAAUUACCUAAGCAUUAUCAUGCUAAUUUCAGGUAUUUAAUCAAAUUUUUAGCAAAGCUUGCACAGAACAGCGAUGUCAACAAAAUGACACCCAGCAAUGUCGCAAUAGUCCUGGGCCCCAACUUGUUAUGGGCAAAAACUGAAGGAUCCCUUGCUGAAAUGGCAGCAGCAACUUCAGUCCACGUGGUAGCAAUUAUUGAGCCGAUUAUUCAGCAUGCAGACUGGUUCUUCCCUGGAGAUCAAGACUUCAAUGUGUCUGGGGCAUUUGUUGCAGUUCCUGCUGUUAAUUCAAAUCACUUGUCACACACUGGGAAUGAAUAUGAUUCUGGGACACUGGAACGGAAGAGGCCUGUUAGUAUGGCUGUAAUGGAAGGGGAUUUAUUGAAGAAGGAAAGCUUUGGUGUCAAGGUUAUGGACUUCCAAGCAAACCCUCGGAGAUGUGGCACUAUAAAUAGAAAGCACACAUCCCCAGCUUUCCAGCCACCACUUCCACCCACAGAGGCUGGCAUGCUGGCUCAUUCUGGAGCAGAGCAGCACUCACAAGCUGCUGUGGCUGAAACAAGCCCAGUGGGUGCUGGUUUUGCCCUAUCUGCUGGCACAGCAGAACAGUUACAAAGCCAAGGAAAUGAGGAUGUCAGUACCUCAAAACCUAAGGACAACACAUCUUCAGCUACUCCUCCACCCGUGAGAAAUGGUGGGCAUGUGAACAAUGCCCCAAACCAGUCAGCAAGUAGCAGUAAUCAGCUUUCUGUUAAUCAGCCACAGAAUGCAGCAGGUCCCAGUCCUCAUUCAGUGAGGAGAGCUGUUAAAAAGCCUGCACCAGCACCUCCCAAGCCAGCUAACCCCCCACCAGGGCAGCCAGGAAGCCAAAGCUCUGCCCCAGCUGCUCAGCCGCCUUCAAUCUCUCCAAAGCCACUUGCCAGAAGCUCUUCUCCUCCUGCCCAACAUACAAACCAGGGAGCAGCCCUGACCUCCAGUUCCCAGGUUUCUGCACCUCGACGAUACUCCAGCAGCCUGUCCCCAAUCCAAGCUCCCAGCCACCCACCACCACAGCCCCCAACGCAGGCUACUCCUCCACUGCAGCCCAAGGCAAACAAUCAAGCAUCUCCUGCUGCACUCAGCAGUGAACAUGGACCAGAGCAGCCCUGUUACACUCCUCCGCAGACUCCAACACCACCUGAUACACCCCCUCUAGGCAAGCACAGUACUAGUUCCCCGCUGUCACAGCCGCAGUCAUCUACUCAAGACACUUCACAGUCUCACUCUCCACCUCACAGUGGCACACUGCCAAGGCCACGACCUGUGCCCAAGCCCAGAAACAGACCCAGUGUUCCCCCUCCUCCUCAUCCUCCUUCUCAGCUGGCUGGAGAUGGUAUUAUUGCAAAUCCCACGCAAACAGCUUCCAAAAUAGUAACAGACUCCAAUUCCAGUAUUCCAGAACCACUUCAAAACCCUUCUGCAGAGCUUCCUACGGAGGCAGUGGGCAAAGAACUGCACAACCACCUCCCUCUAGAUAUUGACAAUGACACAGAAAGCACUGCUCUGUGAAGGAAACCAAACCUGCUUUCCUUUCCUGACGGGAAAACUGACAGAGCCAACAGUGAAGAGCUUCUCCUGCUGGCACGGAAACCUGCGUGUGCAACUCAAUGCAGGAUGAGGAGCUGUGCAGGAGAAGUGUAAUGAUCUGUGUGUCUCAACAGUUAUCCACAUCCCAGAUGGAAGGAAUUAAUCACUGCAGAAGCGUGCAUAGGAAGUGUAGCUGCUGCUGGUACCAAUGGUAUUAGCGAAAUUCCAACCGAUUUUAAGAAGCGAAUUAUUAGUUAUUUAAAGUGCAUGUAUUACGGAAGUAAUCUUUUUAAUGCCGCGGUUAGACUCUUAUUCUAGUUGUUAGGAGUUACAAGGAGAGGCCUUGCGAGAGACAUUCCCUCACUGGUUUGCUGCAGGUUUUUGAGAUGUGAACCAAAGCCGGCACAGCGGAGGUGACUGCUGGCUCUGUCACUGCUCACAGCUGUGUGCGCUCAGUGCCUUGAUGGACUGUGACUGCAGGAGGAACCUUACUGUAUUUUAAUCAUUUCAGCGCUACUCUGUGAUCAGUACCUAAUCCGUAUUUCAUAGUUAUUUGUAUUAACCAGCCUGCUUUUUGUUUAUGUGGAAUUAAUGACUGUUUGGAGAAAAAACUGUGGAAGUGGUUUCGUGCUUUCAUAGGAAACGGUUGGAUUUUGAAAAAAAAAAUAAUAAUAAUUCUUUGAACAUCUGUUUUGAUGCAUCAGUUGGGUGAACGUUUAUAAAAUUAAAGACCGUCUUUUGUCAA